AUGUCGAUGGAGCCGCAGCCCAUGCUUUCGUCGGCUGAAGGGGCUACUGGCAGAAAGGAGCUUCUUUCACCACGUGCCGAGUUGCCCCUCGUUGUUACUGACGCCCGCCGAAAACCUCCCUCAAUUGAUAUCCUACCACUUCGUUCUAGCUCCGUUGACGGUACUAUUCUACGUCAGUUGCCUGAAAUAGAAAUGCACACACCGGAUCAAAGCGACCGUGAGGAUGAAGAAAGCGUUGUGAGACCAUCUAUGAUUCGAAAAAAGUCUGGAGAGCUUGUGAGGCCGGCACUCCGGAUGAAAAAGAGGCCGUCUAGCAUGCCGGGCACUCCUACUUUUGUGAAAAAUGUUCAUUUCGACGUCCAACUGGAACAGGUUCGUCACUUUUUGCAACUCGAUAUGCCGGUUGCAGUCAGUGCUGGUUCAUCUCCUGCGGACGAGUACGAUGGGGAUACGGAGUUUCCGUUUGGAGCGGACUCGGUUCCCCAGACGAAACCUUUCCAGUGGGAAGCACGGGUUACCAAUUUCCCCAAGGAAGUUAACGAACGCUCGCCAGUGCGUCUAGAGAGAAUGUUUCUAUCCUCAGACAACAAAUACCUCGUUGGGAUUGUUGCAGUCGCCAAUCUUGCUUUCCAUAAACAUGUUGUAGCGAGAUUUACGUUGGACCAUUGGAAAACCGUCUCGGAGGUUGAGGCUGAAUACGACAACAAUCCUCGCAAGGAUAACCUGCUGGGAGCAAACAGUAAUUAUGACAGAUUCCAUUUCCAUAUUCGACUGGCAGAUUUGGCAGAUCUCGAAAGCAAAACAAUGUUCGUUUGCAUCAGGUAUCACGUUAACGGCCUUGAAUUCUGGGAUAAUAACGAUGCGAGAAAUUAUCACGUCAAUUUUUCGAGAAAAUAUAAGUGGACGAAUGGUAGCCGUGGUCACGCAUGUGGUCCCAGCAACCCAUUUGCACGCAAUAUCAGAAUUAACCCGCGACCGCACUCAAUGCCUCCGCUACCUAGCAACAUGCCUUUCCUCCCGGCCCGAUCGUUUCAAAGCCCACGGGAUGAUGGCUUUAGUCGACCACAGCAACAAGUUCCUCUUUCUCAUGCGGAUGAUGAUUUGCUCGACACGCCGACAAAACGGACGAAACCACCUGCGCAAGCAUUUGCAACUCGGUAUGAUUUCGGGUCUUCGCUUUCUGCCGCGAUGCAACCAGGCACCCUUGACCUGGUCCAACCUGGGUCAGACACCAAUAAUCGCGUGACGCCUCUCCAGGAUAUGGGUGGCAUGUUGAGAACAAAGCUUGUCAGCAGUCCUAGUACGUUCUCUCGAGAACCUAUAAGGCCAUCCGAUAUCCUCUCCGAAAAGCCCUAUCAUGAAUCUCCAGGAUACAAGGAGCUGGUUGACAAGUAUUGCUUUUUUGAAACGGCUUCUUCCCCUACAAAAGCUCGUAGUCGACCAGACGAUCCGCAAUCCACUGUGGACGAGAACCAGCCAAACCCGCAUCAAGAGUUGCCACCUUCUGAAUCGCCGUUAUUUUCAUCAGUGGAGGCUUCUCCUACGCAUGAAGAACCAUCAAUGUCGCUUCCCUUUCGGUCGCCAAGACCCCAGUCACCAAACGAUCCAAGUUCCAGCUCUUCGUCACCUCUACGAUUUCACUCUCUUCGCCAAACGAUUCCCACAGGGCUGCUAUCCCAAUCUCCUACACCUACGCCAACUCCCACGGCGAUCCGAGGCUGA